AGCUAAGAUGGGUCCAAGUAUACCAGUGACUUUGUUGACGGCGUGGGUGCGACCGUUCUCCGUUGACGGUGUGAUCCUAGCGAUGUGGUUUGCCGUGUCCUUCUUUCGACCAAUAGGUGGCGUCUUUCCCUGCAUGAGCGGCAAUCAGGAGUACACCAUGCGUCUCUACAGCGGGACAAAGAAAUGGCGUGAGGCGACCACGUCCAAAGCUUCGACGCUCAUCAACGGACCGGGCUUCGAUCCCCAGCGGGUUUCCGUCUUCUACUUCUUCGGCCACAACGAGAGUCCGGACAAUGGCAGUGCUGUUCCCGUUAUCAACGGCUACAUGUCGCGGGGCGACCACAACGUGUGGCUGGUGGACUGGCGGCCGCUGUCGGGGGCGCGCUACCGCUGCUCCGUGGUCGGCGUCCCUGGCGCGGCGCGCCACGUGGCUGCCGCCAUCCACAGCCUCGGCCUCCCCGAGCGGCAGAUACACCUCGUCGGCCACAGCAUGGGCGCGCAGCUGGCCGCCACUGUCGGCAAGCUGUUCCAGGGACGCCUGCGCAGGAUCACAGCGUUGGACCCCGCUCUGCCACUCUUCAGCAUCCUGUCGCACGUCACUUCCAUCAGCGCUGGAGAUGCACAGAACGUUGACGUCAUCCACACGGAUGGUGGGAUAUAUGGCAUCAUGGGCCCUGUGGGCACCGUGGACUUUUAUCCCAACGCUGGCACUAGGAGGCAGCCGGGAUGUUCACCAAAGUUGAUCUUGAUCAACGAUCUAUGCAGCCACCAUCGAUCCUUCAUGAUGUAUGCAGAGUCCCUGAUGAGGCCAACGGCAUUCCCCGCCGUCUGGUGCACGUCCUGGAAGGAGUUUACGAGCGGAACCUGCAACAACACUCAGACUGCCUAUAUGGGAAUCCUUGCGACAAUCGACAGCAAUACUCGUGGUUCUUAUUUCCUUCGUACUGGUACAUCCUUUCCUUUCGGCUUGGGGAAAGAAGGUGUCUAUGUUCCACAACUACCAACUACAGCAAGCCCUCUGCCAGAGAAUGAAAUCAGAGGGCACAGUGGUUGA